UUGCAAAUUCAAAAACAAAAAAUCUAGAUCAGGUGAAUAUUACCAGGGACGACGCGAUUUAUCGAUCCACCGGUGAGAGACGCCGGAGUUUUGUCACCCGCCGCGAAGAGAAUAAUAUCUUCUUUUUCCGAUGUAUUGGUGAAGUAGCGUCGAGAGGGGAUAAAUAAAUAAUGAUGGAAGUGGAAGGAUCGAGCACUCCGAUGAAUCGUGCUCCUGAUCAAUCCUCCUUCUUACGAUCCAGACGAUCUAAAGCUCUGUAUCAGUUUAAGCAGCAGAAACUCCCAGCUUGUAAGCCAGUCUUAACACCAACAUCGGUUAUAACAGUGUUUUUACUGAUGGGUUUUGUUUUCAUUCCCAUUGGCCUUAUUACUCUUCGUGCUUCUCGUGAUGCUACUGAGAUUAUAGAACGGUAUGAUGUUGAGUGCAUUCCUGAAGAAUAUAAAACCAACAAACUGUUGUAUAUAACUGAUUCGUCGAUCCCUAAGAAUUGUACGCGGUACUUGAAGGUAAAAAAGUAUAUGAAAGCUCCUAUUUUUAUCUACUACCAGCUCGAUAACUACUAUCAAAACCACCGCCGGUAUGUAAAGAGUAGAAGUGACCAGCAACUGUUACAUGGACUUGAGUAUAGCCACACAAGUUCUUGUGAACCCGAGGAGUCAUCUAAUGGUCUUCCGAUUGUUCCUUGUGGUCUGAUAGCUUGGAGUAUGUUCAAUGAUACAUUUGUGUUUGCUCGUGAAAGAACAAAACUAAAGGUGAGCCGGAAUAACAUUGCGUGGAAGAGUGACCGCGAGCACAAGUUUGGAAAAAAUGUUUAUCCUCUCAAUUUCCAGAAUGGAACUUUGAUUGGCGGAGCGAAGUUGGAUCCAAAAAUCCCACUAAGUGACCAAGAGGACUUUAUCGUGUGGAUGCGAGCAGCUGCUUUGCUAAGCUUCCGAAAGUUAUAUGGAAGAAUUGAAGAGGACCUGGAACCUGGAAACGUUGUUGAAGUAAAUUUGAUGAACAAUUACAACACUUAUAGCUUUAGUGGGCAGAAGAAGCUUAUUCUUUCCACAUCAAAUUGGUUAGGAGGAAGAAAUGAUUUCCUCGGCAUCACCUAUAUUGUCGUUGGUUCUUCUUCCAUAGUCAUAUCCAUCAUCUUCAUGUUGCUCCAUUUGAAAAAUCCGAGGCCUUAUGGUGACAAUUCUUGGAACAAGAAAAGCCUUUCGAGUUGAGAAGCUGUUACAUUCUUUCUCAGACAUAUUCUGAUCCCAGGUUCAUAUAUAUUUCCUACAUACUCAAGAGCUGUACUUUGUCUCUAUAUAGAUAAUCAUUUAGAUAUAAAGGAGUAUAUAACCUCUCUGUGAGCCUAUAGUUCUAGAAAACUGAUAAGGUUCCUCCGUUUUCUCUAUGACCCUUGUGUGUUCGAUUUUGGGGUUCUACAGAUUAGACAAAAAGAUAAUUGUUUGACCCUUCUUUUACUCUUAAACCUCUAAUGUGAUGGGUUUAUUUGGGUAUAUCUGUUUUUAGAGCCUCUAAGUUUAGCAAAUCUAAGAAAAGCAUUAUAGAGAAUGCAUCACUGGCGAUCUGCAAACCUUACAUUUAUUUUCAUCCAUAUCCCGAAAAAUCCUCAUUUUUUCUUCUCAAUUUUCCAUAUUUGCCACCUUAAGUCUCUGUAUUUAAGCUCUCUCUCAUUUGUCUCCUUCACAUCAUAUGCACAUCUAAGUUCUCCAAUUGAAAGAUCUUUCAUUCAUCAAGUCAAAAGCAUCUUUCAAUCUUCCUCUGCCCUCCUCACUCGUAAAAGAUCCAUUUUUUCUUUCUCAAACUAAACCCGUGUUUUCCUUCUGCUGCAUUGGAUUGUUGUCAGGGAAAAGAGAACUGGGUGAAAGAAAAAAAAAAUGGCCAAGGAAAUGAGGUUCGUUCAAACAUGGGGAGAGGUAGCACCAAGGCUUAUUGCAUCUCACCAGAAACAACAACAGCAAUUCUCAAACUUGCCAAAGCUUGAGACAAUUUUUGAAGAAGGAUGUUGCGUCGACAGUCUUUCUGUUAGGGCGCCGAAGCGGAUUGUAAUCUUUCUUCCUCUUGCUCUCUCAAUGAUUUUGUACAUGGUGUUGCACAGGAGUAUCAUAGGUUAUUGAUUUGACUCUGUCUAUCGGUAUUGAGACAUUUUAAUGUGUGAUGAUGAGAAUGUUCAGGGAGAGAUUGGAAAUGUUGUUAAUGGUGGAAAGUUAAUGACAAAAUCUCUAUGUGAAUAUAGGUCAAGAUUUGUAAUCUUAUUACUGAUUCUGAUUCAUUUAAUUGAAUAAACUCUGUUGAGUUCCAGACAAAAAUAUAAGCUUUAGUUCGGA